UAUCAUCAAAAGAGGAAAUGUGAGAAAAAGUUUGUACAAAACAAUGCCAUGACUUUCACCUAAUAUGACUGAAGUGGAGGUUUUACAAUUUUUGAGUUAGGUUUUAUGGUAAAUGUCUUGAAAGCAAGGACAACAGUUAAUACCAAGACAUCAAUAAAGAAGUUUGACACUGAGACACUGAAACGAGGUCAUGAAACGACCACAUGAUUAUGUUAUAAGAGCAUGCCAAUACAUUUAAAAUAUAUUACCUGCUAACUCCCAUCCACAUCCAACUUCCUGCUCCCAGCUUUUUCUUUGCACGAUCGUUGCUUUAUGUAGUGGAAUGUGAUUUAACAUGAUUCAAGGAGUCUAAUCUAGUUUCUAGUAGUGUUUGUUUAACUGUGAGAGAAUUACUGCCUGUGCCACAUUCAGUCUGUCCACAUGAUUUUUAGUCACCAGCUCCGCAGCCAGUGUGGCAGUGAACUGCCCUUGACUCAAUAGCAGGACUUCUUUUCAUGCAAAAGAGUGGGAUUCCUGAAACAGUAAAACUUUAGCCAUGUCCUUUAAAAAACCCUACAGACAAAAGUUUGAGACAAUACAGGAUACCACCCUGCAACUCUCUGUCCUCUUUAUAUGAUCAACAGACUUCUUAUUGGCCGGUGGUUUGUGACAUGGUUGUAAGGUGUCGGCUAAGUGGCCUGUCAGUAGUAUUUUCAGUCUUAUGACCCUAAAUCUACAUGGCCUGUGUUACCUUGGACUCCCCUCAGCAUGCCCUAUUCAUGUGUGGAAUCUCAUUGUUGGUGUGGACAUCAAUUCAAGCUGGUGUUUUUAAGGCCAGAGGGAGGCUCCUACUUCAUUAGAGCUGUUUUUCGAGGGCUGGCUGUAGUGCAAGCACAACAUCUGCAGCUGGCAACCAGUUUAGAGUGAAUAGUUGACACGAUUCACAAAUUUGGGGGAAACAGAGAUUUUGUGUAAAGAUUUACCUGUGAAAAGGCAAAUUGAGUCUGAAGACAGUCUGAAAAAAAUGGCACCUGUUUCACUGACAAUUUGGUGUCUCCUCACAAUUUGGACCCUUAUCCCAGCUGUGCAUCUCGAGGAAGAAGAGCUUAAUGAAACUGUCAUAUGUACCAACAAGCAGAUACAAGUGAUGAUACCAAGUGCUUUUUUUCUCAGCAAGGACCCACCUGUUUAUAUAUGGGAUUUGCACCUAAAUGACCCAGAGUGUCGUGGUGUUGAGAUUGGGGAUGAUUAUGUCUUCACUAUCAAGACUAAUCUUACAGAUUGUGGCACUCUCAUGGCAUCUGAUGAGACUUACAUCAUGUUCACUAACACCAUUCACAAUAAUGAAUCAGAUGUCAUCACUAGAAACUAUGUCAAUAUUACAUUUGGCUGUCGCUACCCAGUAAACUACAUGGUCCGGCAGCCUAACGGAGAUAAUAUGAUCCGAGUGGAUGUCAGGACGAUCACUUUGGGCACAGAAGAUGGAAAUUUCUCAGUGUCCAUGCUGCUUUAUAAAGAUGAAGACUUUGUGGACAAAUGGACUACUGUUCCAUCUUUAAUGCUUGACGACAACAUCUAUGUGAAAGUUUUCAUGAUACCAGCUAAUCUCAUGCUCCGACUGGAGAGAUGCUGGGCCACACCAAACCGUGACCCAUACAGCAACAUCCAGUACACUUUCAUUAAGGACAGUUGUCCAGUGCUGACCAAUGACCAGACGCUGGCUGUGAUGAAGAAUGGACGAGGCCCGGAAGCUCUAUUCAGGAUCCAAAUGUUUAAGUUUGUCGGCAGCUCUUACACAGACAUCUUCCUCCACUGUAAUGUCCAGAUCUGCCACAGCAGUGCAGGAGCAUGUCAGCCUAACUGCACUACCGAGGACACAUCAGCACGUACGCGCAGAGACGUUGCUCUGUCCCACACUGUGUCCUAUGGACCAAUAAAAAGACGUGAGGUUCACUCUAACAAAAGUACUCUGAAUGCACAUUCGCCUCCAGUGGAAACCUUUGUGCUCGGAGGUCUGUUGGUGGUUCUUCUGCUCAUCACCGGCGUGUUUGGAAGACUGUGGCUCAAAAGCAGACGGUCUUAUCCUACCCAAGAGGCCCAACUCACCCUGUCCAACAUCCACCACAUUUUAGAGGUGGCCAGCUAAGCUAGAGUCCACAAGUAAAUACCUCUCUUACACACAGUACUAAAUGAAGUAUAUAUUCUGUACAGAGAGCAUUAAAAUUAUAGUAUAUUGUUUUAAUAAAGUACAAAUCAAUAGGUUUAGUAUGUGGGCAUUGAUCUUAUGAUCCUUUAAUCUUUUGUUGUUUUAUUUGCUGUCAAAUAUU